CCCGCGAGGGUCGAGAUGGGCGAAUGCGGAAAAUGUGCUGCGAGGAAUAGCAGUGGAACUGGAGCGCAGUGUUGUUGUCGGAGCUCGUUUACCACGUUAAACCCGUGUUCAUUUAGGUUAUUGUAUCAGGAGCAUCAAGCAACUAAGGAACCAUGACAACAAUGGACCAGGUGAUCAAGUGCAGGGCAGCUGUGGCCUGGGAAGCAGGGAAGCCCCUUUGCAUAGAAGAGGUGGAUGUGUCCCCACCGAAGGCCCAUGAAAUCCGCAUCAAGAUAGUGGCUAGCGGGGUAUGCCACACGGACUGGGCUUACCUGUUUGGGGCUGGAAAGGGCAUGCAGCUGCGCCCCUUCCCCCUUGUGUUGGGCCAUGAAGGGGCUGGUAUUGUGGAAAGCGUGGGCCCUGGAGUGACCAAAUUCUCACCAGGAGAUAAAGUUAUUCCUCUUUUUUUGCCCCAGUGUGGAGAAUGUGAAUGCUGCCUUAGUCCAAAGACUAAUUUAUGUAGGAAAGACUGGAAGAACACACAGCAGGGGGUCCUGGCUGAUGGAACAAGCAGGAUCUCUUGCAGAGGGAAGCAGGUCUACCAGUUCCUGGGAAUUGGCUCCUUCUCUGAGUACACGGUCAUCUUGGAGACCUCGCUGGCCAGGAUUCGGAAUGACUCCCCCUUGGAUAAAGUCUGUUUGCUGGGCUGUGGCGUUUCCACGGGAUAUGGGGCUGCCCUCAAUGCCGCCAAGGUUGAGCCGGGUUCCACAUGUGCCGUGUUUGGUCUCGGGGCAGUGGGUCUGGCGGCGGUGAUGGGCUGCAAGGAUUCAGGUGCAGCCAGGAUCAUCGCCGUUGACAUCAACAAGGACAAGUUUGAGAAGGCAAAGGAGUUUGGAGCCACAGAUUUUGUGAACCCCAAGGACCACACCAGGCCCAUUCAGGAGGUGCUGGUGGAGAUGACCAACGGAGGAGUGGACUUCUCUCUGGAGUGUGUUGGUGAUGUUACAGUGAUGAGGGCAGCCCUCGAGUCGUGCCGCUCCGCUUGGGGAACUUGCGUCAUUGUGGGCUGGACCGAGCUGGAGCAGCUCACCGUGGCACCCUAUGACCUCCUGAUGGGGCGAACCUUGAAGGGCACCUACUUUGGAGGUUGGAAGAGUGUUGAGGGUGUAUCCAGGCUUGUCAAUGAUUACAUGAACGGGAGACUGAAGCUUGAUGAGUUUGUGAGCAACACCCUUCCUCUAAAUAAACUCAAUGUGGCCUUUGACCUCAUGAAAAAAGGAGAGAGCAUUAAAACAGUAAUAGCAGUGACGGAGUAAAGAACACAGCCACUUUCUAAAAAAGCAGAAGACAAUUUACCCUCUUAGAAGUGUGAGUAUGUCUGCAGUUUUCACUUUUUAGAUAAUGUUGAUUAAUGUUAAUUUUGUUUUAGGCCAUGCAGGUAUUUUAAAGUUAUUCAUUUGAAUACACACACACAUAUUUUCUGAACCGCUUGUCCCAAACGGGGUCGCGGGGAACCGGAGCC